CUGUAUCCUCAAACAGAAAGAGAAAAUUUGCUACUACGCUAAAUUUUACAUCAUAAUGGCAAGAUUUUAAUUUAGAAUUUCGCUUUAAAUUUUUAAGUUUAAACGUACCAGUGACAUUAGAUUUUGCGAUAAUAUGCAAUAGUAGUAAAUCCGAUUGGACCUCCCAUAGCAAUUUGAGAUUAUAAAAAUAAAUAUGUGUGAAUUAUUGCGAUAAUAAAAUUGUUUAUAGUGCAAGUAUAAGUAAUAAACGUACAUUCUUGUGUACCUUGUACUGCGCUUAGAUUAUAUUAUAUACACAUGCACAUUUUUAAAAAACUCUAAAGGUAAGACGAUUCAGUAAUUAAAUUUAAAAAAAUAAUAAAGUUUGGGUUCAGUGGUUGUGGCCUAAUCUAAAAGUCAAUAUGCCCGACAGAACAAACAAUGGCAUCUCCUCAAUUACGUGAAGCUAUAGACCAGUGGUUGAAGUGGGACCAAUGCCAGAAAACUAAUGCCGAGAUUAAAGAGCUCGACAAGGCUGGGGACUGGAAGAGAUUAGGUGAACUUUUAAACACACGUCUGGCAUUCGGUACUGCAGGUUUGCGGGGCAAAAUGCGUGCUGGCUUUAACGGAAUGAAUGAUUUAGUUAUUGCACAAACUGCACAAGGUUUAUCCAAAUACAUGGCAGAAUUAUUUAGCGAAAAUGAACGUAAAAAUCGAGGAAUUGUAUUCGGCUACGAUGGUCGGCAUAACAGCAAGCGAUUUGCAGAACUAUCGGCAAACGUUUUUCUACGCGCUGGUUAUAAGGUCUAUCUUUAUAAACGUCUAGUGGCAACGCCUUUAAUACCCUAUACUAUAAGACAUUUCAAUUGCCUGGGCGGUGUAAUGGUGACGGCAUCUCAUAAUCCUAAAGAUGAUAAUGGCUAUAAAGUGUACUGGAGUAAUGGAGCACAGAUUAUAACACCACAUGACAAAAAUAUACAAAAAGCUAUAAUCGCUAACCUUGAGCCGUGGGCGGGUACUUGGGACACAGAGAAAUUGUAUGAAUCGGAACUACUUAUUGAUCCAAAAGAGGCUAUUACAGUUUAUGUCGAUAAAGUAUGCGAAACAGUGCCAUUAUCUAUUAUUGAAAUAAACAGCAAAAGCGACUUACGUUUGGUUUAUAGUGCAAUGCAUGGCGUGGGUUAUCCUUUCAUACAGGAUUCCUUCGAAGCAAUUAAGUUACAACCGGUUAUUGCUGUUGAAGAGCAAAAAGAUGCAGAUCCUGAAUUUCCAACUGUAGUUUUUCCAAAUCCGGAAGAGGGUAAAAGCGCUUUGGAAUUGUCGAUAAAGAAAGCGGACAGUAGCGGUUGCUCUAUUAUUCUUGCCAAUGAUCCAGAUGCCGAUCGAUUAGCUUUGGCUACCAAAAAUGCAAACAGUGGAAAAUGGAAGGUUUACACGGGUAACGAAAUAGGCGCACUGCUUGGUUGGUGGGCUAUUCAUCUUUACAAACAAACGCAUCCAGAGGGUGAUCUCUCCAAUUGUUAUAUGCUAGCUAGCACAGUAAGCUCAAAGAUUUUAAGAGCUUUUGCAGAGAAGGAGGGCUUGCACUUCAUCGAGACGUUGACGGGCUUUAAAUGGAUGGGUAACGAAGCAGUUAAACUAAUGAGCAAUGGAAAAACCGUUUUAUUUGCCUUCGAGGAGGCUAUUGGUUUUAUGUUCUCAACAAAUGUCUUGGACAAGGAUGGUAUAAGCGCAGCAUGCCAUUUAGCAUCUAUGGCUUGCUAUUUGCAAGCAAAAGAGCAUAUUUCAUUAGAUGAAAAAUUACAAAAAAUAUACGAAGAAUACGGUUUUCACUACACUAUUACCUCCUACUACUUUUGUUAUGAAGCGCCAGUUAUUAAAAAGAUUUUCGAACGUUUGCGUAAUUUCAAAGGCGAAGAUAAAACGUAUCCAGUAGGAAUACUUGAUGGAAAAUUCAAAAUUAAACAUAUACGUGAUUUGACCAACGGUGUUGACACAGCCCAACCGGAUGGUAAGGCUAUUUUACCUGUCAGUGCAAGUAGUCAAAUGAUCACCUUCACAUUCGAGAAUGGCUUGGUCAUAACACUGCGAACAAGUGGUACUGAACCUAAAAUUAAAUAUUACGCUGAAAUGUGCGCAAAACCUGGGCAAACAGAUUUUGAUGGUUUAAUAAAUACAACGAAUGAAAUGGUCACGGCAAUCGUACAAGAGUAUUUACAACCAAAGGAAAAUAAUUUAACGGCUAAAUCAGAUUAAAUGCAUUGCUAUUGCCAACAAACGAGUUGUGCGAACAAAGAAGUAUUGAUAUUUAUAAUUGAAUAAUAUUUUCAAAACGAUAGAGUUCCACAAGGAAUAUAUAUUAGUGAAGAAAUGUCAAGCUGAAAGAUUGGAUCUCCAAAUACAAGUGACAGUUUGACCCGCUUACUCAGGAUUCGCAUCUAUAAAACAUUCACACAUCGCUUUGGCAUCAUCUCAAAAUAUGUUAAGAGGCAUAUUCCAUUUACAGUGAUCACCGUUAAACGAGUAAUUAGCACUAAAAUUUGAUCGAUAGUAAAAUAAUUUUUUUGAUAUAAUUUUUAUACUUGUGUUUAUAGAAUUUUAUGCUUUAUAUACAUAA